UUCUCCCCCUGGAACGUGUUUUGGCCCCUCUCAUACUCUCAUCCUCUCCAUCCUCAUCCUCAUCCUCUCUCUCAUCGUUCAUUUCCAUCUCCUCAUCGCUUCAUCUCACUCUCUCUUCACGUCCGUCGUCUGUCACUCAUCGUCCAUCGACCUUCAUCUCAUCAUCGACCCCCCAGGCCCCCCCUGCCUCCCGCCCCCCCGCCAUGUCGCAACUCCCUCCCACCCCCUCCGAGCCGCGCAUGGCCGCAGUCGGCCCACCUGUAGCUACAACAGUCUCCUCGUACGGCCCAGUUGCCACGACCUCGCCAGACUUUACUUUAUCAACCACCGAGUCCGACCCAUUCGAGCCCACCACCUCGACCAUCUCGACCACCUCGACCACCUCCACCGAUACCUCUGAACCCACCCUCCUCAUCCACUCCGUUUCCACCCCUCCCCUCCCACCAACCACAUCCGCUGUCCUCCCCGACUCCCUCCCAUCACCCUCCCCCCCGCCCUCCAUCUUCACAACCCCCAUCAUCAUCGGUAUCGCCGUCGGUGGCGCCGCACUCCUCAUUGCCAUCGCCAGUAUCUGGUACUGUUGCCGCAGCCGCCGCCAAAAGGCACCCCCCAAACCUAGACCCCCCCGCGGCGGCUAUGCGCGCCAUGGCCACUCUUCAAAAUCUCGCGCGCCAUCGCCCUUGCCCCACUCGCCUCACUACUCACCUCACUCGCCAUCGCAGCACUUUACUCGCGCCGGCCUCAGCCGCGCCGAGGCGCGCGCCAGCGUCCAGGUGUUCUCGAACGCGCACUCCCAGUCGCGCACUCACCUCCCACCCCACCCCCAACCCCAGGCUCAUGCGCGCCUCAAUCCCCCACACGUCUUCGACCCCACCCCUACGUCGACCUUCAACGACGCAGCCACACUCUCCUCGGCAUGGGCGGAUAACAGCGAGAUGGACGCCUUCGCCGUCGACGGAAGCAGCUACGCCCGGACCCUAAGUACCAUGUCGCGCCCAAACUCGGAGUACGACCUCGAGGACGAGGACGAGUACUCCGCUUUCCCACCAUACCAGUCGCAGCGCGCGCUCCAAACGCCGUCGCCCGCAUACCCUCCUGCCUUCCACCCAUCUCCGACGAACACGUUCGGCCCACCCACUCCAGGCUGGCGCGAACGCGAGCCCUCCCCCACCCCUGGCCCCUACUCCCCACCACACCCCCACCACCCGCACACCAUGCCGAUCGGCGGCAUCGUCGCGCCCGUCGCUCCCGCGCCGAGCCAAAUGUCUCUCCCCGGCCCCUCGCGCCGGCCCGACGGCCGCAUCCCAGCCCCCAAGCUCUUGGUGGACACGAAAGCGCCGUUCGACGUCAACGGCAUCCCCCUCUCGUCGAUGGCCACGCCGCGGUCCGGCAUGCCGACGCCCAUGUCGGCGCUGGCCUGGUCCUCGGGUCAGCCCACGCCGGACAGGACGGUCGCCAACCGCGCCCUGUCGCCAGAACACGCCUUCCACCCGCCCUCACGCUCGACCAGCCGUGGUGCGGCUUUUGCUCCGUCGCCAUCUACAGCCUCCGCAUACCCCUCGUCUUCCGCAUACCCCUCGUCCUCGGCCUACCCCACAGCCUACCCAGCACCUCCCGGCGCCGCCUACCCUUACGGCCAAACGCGCGCACUCGUCGCGCGCCAAGGCUCACGGAACGACGAGCGGCCAUCAGCCCUACCAUACGCGGCGGGUGGCUCGGGCAAAGAAGACCCAGGAGCGGGGCCAGCUCCAGGUCUGCGCCGAGGCCCCACGAUCAUCCGGCACGCGGACGCUGGCGCGUUCGACGACGCCCUUCCUGACGACGAAGGAGAGGUGCACCUCCCGCCUGCAUACGACGAGAUCUACGCGCCGAACCCGUGAUUUCGCUUGACUCUGACUCGGACUUUGUUCUGAACACUCACGCCUCCGCCCGCUCUCCCACAUAUCCGCUACCUGUCAUUGCUCCAUGUCUUGCUCGACAAUCCUCCACGCCCACCCAGAACACUCGGCGGCUGGCCCGCCAACCACAGCUACUACAGUCCGCGCGGCGCGCAUCUUAUAAUCCCCCCAGCCUAAUCCCACGCCCCCACACUCCUUGUUGUACUAGAUGGUACAUAUGUACAGGUACACUGCCUACAAUCUAUUCCGUUUCCAGCGGUGUUCGCACGCGCCAUGCGCGCCACGCGGCGCCGGCGCGCGUAGAUGGACAGUACGCGGCACUCAGCACGACCGCGAAAAGCACGGCGGCGGCAAUCGCAGACCACGGCGACACGGCCACAGCCGUGCCGCAC